CUGUGGCCGACGCGCCGCCUGGGGCACAGCGAGCCGGACGUGCCACCUGCAGUACUGGCUGCUGCUGUGUCUUUUACUGGGAAACACGGUUUCCCCGCGGGAGAGCCCAGAGCGCGCAGGGACGCGCGCGCACACACGCAGACACACGCACACUCACUCAUUGACACACGCGCGCGCACACACACACAUACACACUCACGCACGCACCCGCGCCCGCUCGCUCCUUCACAACUGCAUCUCCAAACCGGCAGAGCGAAGCUCCGGCGAUUUCUCUUAACCUCAGCAUCGUGGGACGAAGCAGGGCCAUUGUGCAUUGGGGAAAGCCCGGUGCCUGCGCUGCCGCGUCGGGUACAGAACCCAGCAGAACGCUCACCCCAUCGGCUGGAAUGCUUGCCAAUUCUGCUGCAAACCUCUAGGCUGACCCUGCGGACCCCAGAACCCUGCUGGAAAAUGCCGUCUGAACACUGCCUCAGUAUUCAAGAAAUGCUGACAGGCCAGAGGCUCUGCCACUCGGAAUCUCACAAUGACAGUGUCCUGGCAGCACUGAAUCAGCAGAGGAGCGAUGGCAUGCUCUGCGACGUCACCCUGAUUGCGGAGGAACAGAAAUUCCAUGCUCACAAGGCCGUCCUGGCGGCAUGCAGCGACUACUUUCGGGCAAUGUUCAGUCUUUGUAUGGUGGAAAGUGGAGCUGACGAGGUGAAUCUGCAUGGUGUGACCAGCCUAGGCUUAAAGCAGGCUCUGGAGUUCGCAUACACAGGACAGGUUUUGCUGGAGCCGGGUGUGAUCCAGGAUGUGUUAGCCGCUGGCAGCCACCUGCAGCUGUUGGAGCUCCUCAGUUUAUGUUCCCACUAUCUCAUCCAGGAAUUAAAUAUCUUUAAUUACUUGGAUCUGUACAGACUUGCUGACCUCUUUAACCUCACUUUGUUGGAGAAGGCAGUGAUCGAUUUCUUAGUGAAGCAUCUCUCUGAACUCCUGAAGAGCCGCCCGGAAGACGUUCUAACGCUUCCUUAUUGUCUGCUUCAGGAGGUCCUGAAGAGCGACCGCCUGACCUCCCUGAGUGAAGAGCAGAUCUGGCAGCUAGCCGUGAGGUGGUUGGAACACAACUGCCAUUACCAGUACAUGGAUGAGCUCCUGCAGUAUAUCCGCUUUGGCCUGAUGGAUGUGGAUACUCUCCAUACAGUUGCCCUGUCCCACCCCCUCGUCCAGGCAAGUGAGACUGCAACAGCUCUUGUCAAUGAGGCCCUGGAAUACCACCAGAGCAUCUAUGCACAGCCCGUGUGGCAGACCUGCAGGACCAAACCAAGGUUCCAGUCAGACACUCUGUAUAUCAUUGGUGGGAAAAAGCGCGAGGUCUGUAAAGUCAAGGAACUUCGGUACUUCAAUCCUGUUGAUCAGGAGAACGCUCUCAUAGCUGCCAUUGCCAACUGGAGUGAGCUGGCCCCCAUGCCUGUGGGAAGGAGCCACCACUGUGUGGCCGUCAUGGGGGACUUUCUGUUUGUGGCAGGAGGGGAAGUGGAGCACGCGACUGGCCGGACGUGUGCUGUGAGGACUGCCUGUCGCUAUGACCCCCGCAGUAAUUCCUGGGCAGAGAUAGCACCCAUGAAAAACUGUCGGGAGCAUUUUGUGCUGGGGGCCAUGGAUGAAUACCUCUAUGCAGUUGGGGGCAGAAAUGAGCUGCGCCAGGUUCUGCCUACAGUUGAGAGAUAUUGCCCCAAGAAGAACAAGUGGACUUUUGUGCAGUCCUUUGACAGAUCGCUUUCAUGUCACGCUGGCUACGUGGCGGAUGGUCUUCUCUGGAUAUCAGGUGGAGUAACUAACACCGCACAGUAUCAGAAUAGACUAAUGGUGUAUGAACCUAACCAGAACAAGUGGAUAAGCCGCAGCCCCAUGCUGCAGAGAAGGGUCUACCACUCCAUGGCUGCGGUCCACAGGAAGCUCUACGUCCUUGGAGGCAAUGACCUGGACUACAAUAACGACCGGAUCCUGGUGCGGCAUAUAGAUUCCUACAACAUAGACACCGACCAAUGGACGCGCUGCAACUUCAACCUGUUGACUGGCCAAAAUGAAUCUGGAGUUGCUGUCCAUAAUGAGAGAAUCUAUUUAGUUGGUGGAUAUUCGAUUUGGACAAAUGAGCCUCUGGCUUGUAUCCAGGUAUUGGAUGUAAGUAGAGAAGGCAAGGAAGAAGUAUUCUAUGGGCCUACACUCCCUUUUGCUUCCAAUGGAAUAGCAGCAUGCUUCCUUCCAGCUCCAUAUUUCACAUGCCCUAAUCUUCAAACUCUUCAAGUGCCUCAUCACAGAAUUGGCACCAUCUGAAAAGCCAAUGCUCUGUGGAUAACCAUCACAACAGGAGGAAAAAAAAGCCUGACUUUUGGAUACUGGGCAUGAAAAGACUGAGUGCUCAAAUGCUUCCUUGUCUUGUUUUAUAGGUCUUAUAUUCAGAUAAACAUUAGAAAAAAAAAAAAAAGAACAAUUUUCUAAAAUACGUAACUGAAAAUUCCUGUCAGCCUUUACAGUGUAUGUAAUGUACAAUACAAUAGCAUAUGUAUGACUUUUAUUGUGGUGUAGCUUAGUGCCAACUUAAUGGUCCAUUACUGUUCUAUGGGUCAUUAGAGCAUUUUUUCUAACUAGUGCUGUCUAGGACAACAUGACAGCACUAGUAAGUCAAUUUCCAAGUACUGUCAUCAUUGAUUUCUAAAAAACUUCAAUACUCAAUCCCUUUGCUACUUAAACCUGGGUUUGUAAUUUUUCUUUAAAAAUUUAACAUUAGACAGCCCUAUUCAAUAGGGCUUCUAUUAGUCAUAUUAACUUAAAUUAUCACAGAGUAAUAAUAAUAAUAAUUACUCUGGGCUUAACUUUACAGAGCUUCAGUUUUCCAACUGUUUAAAAAGGAUAAUUAGUGAUUUCCAUAUCAAUUUAGAAGAAUGGUGUGAGGAUUAGGCAAAUGCGCUUAAGUACUUCACCUAAGAAAAAAAAGUUACUCAAAUUCCAAGGUAUUUUACUGUCUAAAUCUUGUACCAAACAGGGAGAUUAUUUUUGAAUUUUAAAAAUUACUAGGUAGAACUUCAAACACAUGCUAUAGAAUAAAUGAUUCUAAAAGCAGGUGAAAGAGAUAAUGCUAAUAAGAAAAAAGGGACUUUACCAAACCCAAAGAAUCCUAAACUUGUGCAAAUCCUUGCCUCAAAUAACUCUCUCAAACAUCUCAUUUAAAUUCAUUUAUUGAAAAAUGACAUUUUAUAUUCAAAAAAAUUAGCUGUACUAAUUUUGGUACCAUAAAGUGCUUUGACAUAAAUUUGAACUUAGAAUCAGUAAUUCUAACAAAAGUUUUUCCACUUUGUUAAAGGUUAUGUCAAUCUUGAGUGCUUGUGGGAUUCUUUCCCACCACCAAUACACAUAUUACUACCACUUUUAAUAAUGCAUAAGGAUUUUUUUAGGCUAGGUUUUUGGAUCUGCUUUGUCCAUAACAAAAAAGAAAACAACUCAAUAAUCAAUUUGAACAAAGUCAACAACAAAAAAAUGUGUGUCUUCCCCUUUUCCUAAUCUAAGUCACCUUUAUUAAAAAGACUUCACUGACUUUUUCCAUAGACAUAGUUUAAUCAUUCAGCAAUCCUUGGUUUAUAGGAAAUUCUAAUUAUAUUCAUGUAAACACUUUAAAGAUUUUUAUUCUAAAUACAGAAUUCACUAAUCUUAUACAUAAGAUACCUAAGAUAUAUAUCUUCUGGCUAUCCAGAUUUAAGGGUGGGAUGGGGAGAGAAAUUAGGAGUAAGAAGACAAAGUAAAUUUUAAAGAACAGAGAUUUAGUUUAGACAAACAAAAAAACCUUGAGAGUAUUUGUACAGUUCUGAAAGUGACAUAGGUAAAUUUAUAUUUAGAAGGAUGAUAGAUAAUCUCUUUAAAAGGUAUAAACCAUCUAAACUAAAUUUUUAAAAUGCCUUACCAGGUCAGGAAAAGGGACAGCAUUUCAGAAUGUUUUCAACAAGGACCUAUGCAAGAAAUACUUGAUUCAUUAAUGCUUCUACUUGACAUACAGAUUUUCCCUGUAGCAGUUUUACCUUAUAAAACCAUUAGUCUAUUUGUAACCCCAGACCCUAUAUCCAACAAGUAAAGGGGAAAUGGUCUAAAAAUAAGUUUGUUUAAUGGUAACUGAAGGCAGCCUAAGAGUACUCUUGAUAUUCUUCUGUGUGGAUUUCUAACUAUUCAUUUUAAACAAAUCAGUAUCUAUUGUCAAACUCUUCCAUGGAGAACAUAGUAUUCAAAGAAUUGAACUCAGAAUUUAUAGAAGCUUUACAUAAUUUUCAGAAACUUUAUAAACCCUUUAUAAGUACAGCCCAACAACAGAAAACUACAUCUCUCCCCUAAAAAAGAAAAAGAACGCAGAGAUCACUUAUAAUUAGAUCCUUUCCCUCAAAUCAAUAGUAAGAGCUAGUAAGAAAAAAAAAACUAUGUUUGGUCAUUGAAACUAUUCAUAUAUUUUUCCAUUUAAGUGUACUAUUCUAUAGCAAUUCAUCUUCUAGUUUCACUCUUCAAAAUUAAAGAUCAUAUUGUUUUUAUAUUCAAAUUAUCAAUGUGAAUUUCCAUAGAUCACGAAACUUCCAACUAUUUAAGCAUCAUUUCAGUAUUUUACUUUUAAAAAGAAGCAGUACUACAUAGAUAUUGGCAGUGUUCUUAGUGUGGGGGGAAAAGCCAGCAAAGAUAUGAAUCUCUAAAAUGUAAAAUGCAAUAAAAUUCUUUGGGUCCUUAACAUAAUGCCAGUUAGGUUAUGAUUAGGGUACCUUUUACACUUCUUCUCUUCAUGCUUUCCUUGUUUAACUAGAUGUAUAUUGUAUUCCCUUCAGACACUGCAAUAGCUGGAAAACUAGUGUUUUACUAAAGAGUAUGAAAGCAAUAGUAUAAAAUAGAAAUUAUUUUGGUUUUCAAGUAGUCAAUCUGUCAAAAAAAGGGAAGUUGAAUAAUCAUAGGUACAGACUAAGUUAAAUAAAUACAUUUUUAUUACAUAUCCUUAAUAUAUGCACAAAAUAACUUAUAAACAUGUUUAUAAUAUAAGAAUGCCCAGAAUUCUUCUAAAAGUACAAUUUGCAAAUGCAAUAAUCAAAUAACUAUUAGCACACCAAAACUUUAAUAAGCAGAAAAUGGUCAAUUUCAAUCAUAUGGUACUGAUUUUGGUAACCUUACCAAUAUAUAUCACAGAAUCAAAAUACAACUCUCAUAUGUUAUUAAAUAUGUAAAAGAAUGUGCUACAUAGCUUCCCAAAUCAACCACCUAACAAAGCAUGUUAUUUACAUGGAUAUACUAUACACGAGACUGACAAGGCAAUAUUUUUAACCCUAGGAGGAGUAGACAAGACAUCAGUUUUUGGAAAAAUGUAAGGUUUAUGUAAAAAGUCUAUCAUUCAAAGAGCAGUGGUUUAGUACUGAUAAUACAGCGUUUAGUGAAGGUCCUAUGAUACCUAUCUUUAUCUUCAAAACACAAGUGCUGUGUAACAUUUAGUAUUUAGGGAAGGUAGGUUUCAUACAGGCUUCUCCCAACUGCAGAGGCUUAUCAAAUUUCUGUGUAACAUAUAAUUUUAACAAAGGGAACACAAAAUUAAAAACUGUCAAAGUCCAUAACAGUACAUGAAGACAGAUCCAUUAAUUCUUUAAGAACAAAGUAGCUUUAAAAUUUUGUGAUAAAGCCUGAGAGAGAUAACAAUGACUCAACAUAUACAUAGUCUAAUAACCCACAACUAAUUAUUUUUUUUACAUAGAUGCCCAGGUAGAAAUAGUUACACUUAAGAAGAAAAGAAAAUAUGCUAGGAAUAGGUAAGGAUAUAAAAGUCUUCAACUAUGAAAUUCUAAUGCAAAUGAACUCAAUAUCAAAUGUUUUUUGUAUAGAGUCAAUACUCCAUUUUUUCCCUCCCCCAUGGAAACAUUAAAUGUUCAAUUAAAAACAUUCAAUCAUUACCAAAUCUGAAUGUCUAAUAAAAUCACUUCAUCACA